UUUCUGAAUCACAGGUUGGCCACAUUGGUCAGAUAAAAGAUGAGGUUGGUCAACUUGACGCCAUCAUCGCACUUGUUAUACGAGCUAACGCGUUCAAACGCUGCAAGCCAGUCCUCCACGUCGUGAUUGUCGGUGCCGCUGAAGAUCGCAAGGUGACGCUGACGUACCACACCAGAACACGUCAGCUGUGGGGGCGUGAGCGACUUGCAAGGGGUCGGCGGCGUCGGUCAUUGUGGAGGCCGAUGGUAAGGUACGGCUUUGGAACUCCAGGGCGGUGAAGACGAGCACCCAGCAAAUACACCAAAUCCUAGGUAGUCUGCAGGGCGCCUGACAGAAGACCAGGAAAACGGUGAAAUCUCAGCUGGACACCGAAAGAGCGCGCACCCAUACCGCCGCCACCAACAUGCGACCUUCGUGGCUGGUCAUCGACCCCGCGACAUCGUGCCUGGCCAGCAACAGAGAGCAAUGACCGACGAGCCUUUGAGCUUAUGGUGGACUAGGCAUCUGCAGCUUCAGCCGACACCUACCAGUUGGUUAGCCACUGCUGGCGUCGAGUACCUGUGUCGCCUGGCGGUAACUGAAGAAGAAGAGAUGCUAGCGGCCUUCCAAGACGACUUGAAAGCAUGCAUGGAAGCAAAUGCUCCUCUAUUUGUCACUGAGCUGCUAGCCUUUCGAAUGGCGCACAUCAUAGUCGGCAACGAUGGCACUCAGAGGGCCAUUCAGAACUACGUGGACAGAACCCUGUUCAAGGUUUCGCCUUUGGAGAAGGAACUUGACAUCUUUAGCCCCCACGUGCCCAAGGACAAACUGGAACCAUGGCUGAAAGGCGGCUACCAGGUCUUGGAUGUGGAGCGCACGUUUGGCCCGAAGAAAAAGAUCAAGUGGAACGGCGCAAAAGCAAGACCUACGCCGUUGGCUACGGCUGCCGUGAACACCUCCAUGAAGCUCCGGGUUCCUCAUCCUCCCAUUGCUGUUGCUUGGUUGAACAAAGUCAUGGGCGAGGCGCAGCUCAAGAUUGAUGACCAAGAGCCCCUAAUUGUCAAUCCAGCUAUGAUGGCGUGCUAUGGCGUAACGCUGACGGAUACUAAAUCGUGGGCUUUACUCGGCAGCAAAAUGGAAACGCCACUGCCUCCUGCAUAAGCUGGGCCAGUAGCUGUGGAAGCUGGCCCAUAGGCCGCAGUGCCUCAGCCACUUGGUAAGCACGCCGCUAGACAGCAGCCACGACCCACUCAAUCGCUGCAGCCAGCCGGUCCACGCCCUGGUGAACACCACAAAGGAGCUACAAAAAAAUCACAACAUCAGCAUCUGUUCCUGCACAGUCUGACAAGCCCCUCUACAACUAAGUGACCUGUAUAAUUAAGGAAUAAUUAUGUUCCAAAUCUAGUGUGAGGUUUCUGUGUGCGAGCUUUACAGCGAAGUGACCUGUAUAACGGAUGAUUUUGGAGGUCCCAAGCAUUUGGUUACAAACGCGCUCAACUGUACGCAACUCAUUCAGAUUACCACAUGUUCAUCAAAGACACUUUCAAUUUUAGUUUAAUGAGAUGCAUACAAUGAAAACACUUCCUAUGUAUGUUGUUGUCUCUGUCUGCAUUCAAAACUAGCUAUGUCACGGCACAUGAUUUUUGUUGUUCCUUUCCAUGUAGUUCCGCAAAACAAUUAUCAAUACCACUUGUAUGUGUAAGCUAUCGCAUGGCUGGGAAGUUCAUGCAUGACAUAGUAAUGAACUUGGGUUUGUGAAUCAGCAAAUCAUGAAGAGAUCUCUGCAUAAAAAAUGAUUAGCCCCCUGUUUGCAUUUUGUUGCUAGUAAAAAGCACGUUGUGGACACUGUAUAAAAAUAGUUAUGCAAACAUUUUGAGCUGUCAUGCUGCAUUAUGAGUAAUGUUUCCCGAAAUCCUAGAACAGGGUAACAACUGAAGAUUUGGUGGAAAUAGGCACAAUCGUGAGCGUAUUAUGUUGCAAAGCUUCCCUGUUCCUGCCUUAAUCGCAAGUGUUGCAAAUCAUUUGUGAAUGCUCUUUUUCUGUUUUUCGAUAGUUUGUUGGCGUUAUUGUUCUCCAGUGUGGCCCAUGAACUAAGCAAAACAUAGUGUUCAUAUUUUUAUAAAAUAAAGCAAACUUUAUGGGCAAUCUGCACGCUAAUUUAAAAGUGUGAGUUAGCUACAGUCUAUGUAAUUGUAAAUGCAAAGGAUCCAGAGCAUUGUAGGUGUGUUUUACAUGCACCGCACAAUUUGGCCUGCUGCCUUGGGAGAAAUGUUUUGGACGUUACUUCUUUUUUGCAAAUACAGAGAACUAUCAUAUUCAUCAUGUGCCAUCAAAUGUGUAUGGCUCAAUUACAGUGUAUGUGGUAUAUUUGUUUAGUUGGUACUUGAAAGAUGAGGCCAAUGUUUUAAACGAGUAGGUCAUAUGCAGCAGCAUUUCAAAGUGUGCGAUUUAAUUACGGCCCACUUGCCAUAUUUGUGCAACUGCUCGAAAGAAACAGGUUUAGUGGAAACUGGAAUGUAUUAAGCUGUUACUGCGUGACUGAUGGCAAGUGCCAUUGUUCUGUAGUUCACUCAGUCAGUGCCUGUUUGCAGAACUGCUACUGGCAGUGAUGACUGUGUAUGAAGCUGUUAGAGCGUAUGAGGGAUGGCAAGUGUCCGUAUCUAAUUAUCCGUGUAUCUAAUGUACAGCUAAGUUCUCGACUGUCUCCCUUACUCAUCUGCUUUUUUUUUCAGUUUAGCUGUUCAAACUUCUGUUAGCCAUUUGCGUGAGUUUGUGUACCUCUGCACAGCCCAUAAAAUUAAAAAAAAUCAUUACC